AUGAAUCAUCCCUCUUUCACCAAGACGUACCACAAGGCGAGCUAUCCAGCCAUUGACCCGUCCCGGCCAGAGCUUUCAGCGAAAGACAAAACUGUAAUUGUCACAGGAGCCGGAGCCGGGGGCAUUGGGGCUGCGGUGGCACAUGCCUUCGCCAAAGCAGGGGCUCAAAAGAUCGCCCUGGUCGGAAGGACAGAAGCGACUCUCCAGCAGACAAAGGACGCCAUCGUCCAGGCACAUCCUGAUGCCACAGUCUAUGUUGCCGUCGCUGAUGUCUCCAAAGCAGAGAGUGUUGGCCUUGCAGCACAUAAUAUCAGGGUUGAAAUAGGAGCAUGGAAUGUGUUUGCCCACUGUGCUGCUGUCCUCCCUCGCGCCACUACUUUGGUCGGGGCCGACGAGGACGACUGGUUUAGUGCUUUCGAGACCAACGUUAAAUUCUCGGCUCAUUUCGCAAAACACUUUUUGCCCAAACGUCGGCCCAACGCUACUUACAUCGGCAUCAAUGCCGGUGCAGCACAUGUCCCUCCUUCCCAGUUACCCGGAGCCUCUGCUUACUCUGCUUCGAAACUUGCCGCCGCCAAAUUGGACGAGUACCUGGCCUACGAAAACCCGGAGCUUAGAGUGUUCACCGUCCAUCCUGGUAUUGUACUUACCAAUAUGGCGAGGAAGGCUUUGGGAGACAAGAAAGACUCUUUUCCAGAGAGCAUCUUGGAUGCCCCGGAACUCCCGGCCAAUUUCCUGGUCUGGCUUGCAAGCCCGGAGGCCGACUUCUUGAGAGGGAGAUACCUUUGGGCUAACUGGGAUGUCGAAGAGUUGAUUGCUCGAAAAGCUGAGAUCGAGGGCAACCCACAUCUCUUGACCAUCACUCUGGGAGGAUGGCCUUUCAAGUAA